AUGUAAGUGUCUUUGUUCAGUUUAUGGUUUAUUAAGAGGAUAUUUAAGCUUUGUGGAUCUACUUUACCUAUCGAAGAAGUUGAAAAGAGCAUUGCAUCAUCGAUUCAAGGUCGCGCGAAAUUAGCUUCUUGUCGCGUACAGUUUAACGCCAGCAAUGCGGGUUGCGUCGGUGCAGUAUAGUUAUCGUUCCUUUUCGAAUAGUAUUGCGCUAGAAAAUUUAUUUUAUUUGCCACCAAUGUGAAAUCAGGCUUGAGCUCACGAGGUAACUUAACCGUCCGAGAAAACGUUCGUUUUCUCUUUAAUCUUUAAUGUACUUUAGUGACAAGAAUGAAGGAUCAUUGACAUAUUUCACUCAAGACAUAUACAUGACAUAUAUUACACGAGCUUCUAUUCAUAGUGUGAUCUUUGAUUCGAGAACGGCCUCUCUUCUUAGACUACUAUCUAUAUUCAACUUUCCAAAAUAUGCACAAUGUUGCUAGUCGGCUUAAACUCAAAUAUUUAUAGAGUACGGAAGAUUAAUUGUAAUCUGCCUGUCUCUAAACAACACUGCAAGACUAAUAUUCAUAACAAUUCUUUACUAUCCGAUAAGCCUCAUCGGAAUUUUGUGAGUGACGAGUCGGGAAUUUGUUGAUCAAAACAGCUUUGAAAAAUUCAAUUGCUGUAGGCUGUUUUUCCAGCGGUUAGAAUGACAUUUCCACGGGAAAAUUAUUCACAUUCCAUUCACGUAACUGGCUAUAUUUCAUCAAUAGUCCUACACAACACUGAUUAUGCUUGUGAGGCUAUAUUUUCUUUUUCAAGUGACAGUCGUUCUUUACAUCGGUUGCAGCUUUCUGCCUUCACUAAAAGUAACUCUUCAGACCAAUAUUUAUUAAUGACCCAAGUUAACUCAUUUACUCUAUACUUUUGCACCAGAGUACAGCUUUUUGAACUUUGGAUUUAAUACAAAUUUCUAUAUUUACAUCCACAUGUACCAUAUGAUUGAAUAAUUUUAUGAUACAUCUUGGAACCCUCUUAACAAUCAAAGGGAAUUCAAGAAAUUUUCCUCUUCUGGUAACAAACAUCAGAACAUUUACACUGUAGCCUGAUCUCUUUGACAAAGAAGUAACAGUCACUCAUGAUCAGAGUAAUUCCUUUCAUCUAUCUUUGACUACCACUGAAAAUUAAGAGCCUUUCAAUUAUGUGAUCAGUGUGUAAAUAUCUUUGAUUACUCCUGGUGGCUCACAGUAACAGAUGGAAGAACUUGGAAUGUAUUUGGAUUGAAUUUCUAAACAUUUUGAUUGAUAAAAACUGGGAUAUUAAUAACUAGUAAUAAUAAUUCAUUGGUCAGGUCUAGUAGGUAGAGUCAACUUGAGCAGAAUUUUAUUCUUCAACAAGCUGCAAUUAUAAAUAUUUUACAUUUGAAAUAAAUCAAUCUGUGCGUGACUGAUUGAUAGGGAUCAAGUUAGGCCAGCCCCAUUUGAGUCGGGUUAUCAUCACCAUAAAACUCAGUGGUUUCAUAAUGGAAAGAUAAUUGGUGGUACAUCAGGAUCAGGGCUUGUGUACGGGUCAGACCAAAGAGAAAAAAGUAGCUCUUCUGGUAAGAGAGAAAAUGAUUUUUCCUGCAUGUGCACUGAUGACUAAAGGCACUGUGACCUGCACUUCAAAUAAAUAAUGCACAUGUACUGUUAGUGCUUUUAGCUUCAAUGUAUGUCAUUCAGUAAUCUACAUUUAAUUGCACCAGCACUGAUGACAAAAGGCACUGUGACCUGCACUUAUAGUAAAUAAUGUGCAAGUACUUUUAGUUCUUUUAGCCUCAAUGUAUGUUGGUGGGUAAUCUACUUUUAAUUAUUUAAAUCAAACCCUGUAAUGUGUAUAGGCAUACAAUCCUUGAAAAACUUUUAUGACACAGAGGGGACAAGACUGUUGAAAAUAAACACAUUUUAAAACCUCAUAGCUAACUUUACCUAAAUUUAAUUACUUAAUGUUAGUGGUGACAAGUUUUUGUUUUUCAUUUUAAUAAUGUAUAGUUUGCAUUGUGUUCAGUUUUCCCACUAGAGCCUCAAAAGGCAAAUCCUAAAGCAAUGCAGGACACAUACAGACCAUCAAGCAAGAAUUAUCAUUUAAAAAAUGCCCACAACCAAGGUUAUGAAUUAGGGCUUACCUCUUCAUUUGAAACAAGUACAUCCAAUGAUAAAUACACCAAGAGACAACAUUUCAUCAGAGGAAAGGUACACCAGCUAUUUAUUUUCUUUUCUCUUACAUACAUUGCAGCUUGGACAUUCUUUGUACAUUAAUUCAGAGAUGAUUUGAAAUUUUGUACAAUGCUUGAUUUCACACAGUAAAUUGUGUUUAUGACCAUAAGAGGGAGAACCAUGAUGAUAUUGUUGCUAAUAAUUGUUUACCCACUGCAUCAUGGAGCACAGAAUAAUGUUAUUGUUCUUAUUUUGUAAUAAUUUUUCAGGUACCAGGUGGAUCAGCAAGUAAUAAGUUGAUUUACGGCACAGAUGAAGUCCUUCGUCAAGCAAAUAUGAGAGAUGGUAAUAAUCCAUCUGGGUUUCUUUAUGGAACAGAAGCAGCAACAAAGGUUGGAAAGCCAUCUCCUGGACCUCGACCAAAUAAUGUUCUGUGGUUGGAGGAGAGAACGUAAGUGAUACCUUUCUUUUAAAAUUUUUGAUAACUUAUUUGUUAUUAUCAGCUGAUAUUACUUUAUGUGUCUUUCAGUGAAAAAGAAACCUUCAAAAACAAAAAGUUAGCAACGACUCAAGGUAACAACUUUAUUCUUUAUCUAUUUGUAACAAAAAAAGAUUAAGUUAACUGGUUAUUAAUGAGAAGAGUUUUUAGUGAAAUCAUUAUUUAUUGUAAGUUAUUUUUUCAAAUAGAUGAAUUUUUAGCAAGACAUAUGGAGGAAAAAACAAGAAAGCGACAAGCAGAACUGGAAGAGAAGAGAAGGGUAUAGUUGUUUUAAUUAGCUUAUAAUUUGAUUAGUUUUUUUAAAUGAUGUAACUAUCAUACUGUAUUACAAAUUUUCAUUUGCACUCUUUGUAAAAAACACCUUAUACUUAAUGUACCUGUAUGUGUGACUUGUAGGAUUUACAAGAUCUAAAGAACUAUGACCCUUGGGGACGACCAGGAGGAGGUGCCCCUAUUGUAAGUUGUAUCACUUGUUCAUCAUUUUGUGGUUCUUUAGAACCUUAGUAAUGAAUAAUUUGUUGUUGCAAAUAUGAUGUGAUUGUAAAAGUUUUAGUAAUGGCUGUUGAAUUUUAGUUAUUGGGUUAGGGUUGAGGUUUUCUUUCUCAAGAAAUGAUAUUUGUAACGUCUUCUCAGUCAUUCAGUCGUAUUGCGUGACAUAUCCUGUCAUACCUUAGCUCAUAUACAGGAUCUUGGUUAGCUCCUUGUGCUAAAAAGAAGAACGUGAUAACAUCACUAGUGCUUUGUAGCUUCACCUGAAGCCCUUUCGUUUUUGCUACAGUUCAUCACAGUCUUUGACAGCUGUCUUCGGAACCGUUCUUACAGCCAUUUCUGGAUUUGUUACCUUGUUAUACAGACUGUAAUUCCUUGCAAACUGUGGAUGUUCGAUUAAAUAAAUGCUGUUUGGUUUGUUGGACUGAUGAGUUGUAGUUCUGCAUUCUUGCAUCCCCUUUCACACAGAAAGGCGGCUGCUACAAUAUUUUUGGUCAAUAGUUGUCAGUGGUAAAAAUUCAAAGAUCUGGCUGGCAUCCAAGAAAAAUCAGUCAUUUUAAAGUUUGUCUCAACAUGCUGGCCAAGUGUUGCAUAUAAGCAACAACUUAAAAUCAGGUGUCCCAUAUUAACAAAACUUCCUUGUUAUGGGUUUAUUUCAGAUGCCUGAGGUAACAACCAUCAGUUCACUUCAUGUGGUAAAUAAAGUGUUUUAGAAAGAACAGAAUCAAUUUUGUCAUUUUGUUAAUAGUUUAGUUUAAUAGUUUUAAUAGUUUUUAGCAUGGUAUUUAUAUAGUAAAUAAUAAUGAUAAUAUGAGUAUUUCUAUAGUACUAUUUACAUAGAAAUGAUCAGUAGCACUUUACAAUGAUUCACCUACAAAACUAUUAUACAACAAUCUAAGUAUACCAUGUAAAAUGUAAAUGAGACUUACAAUAAAGUAAAACACAUCAGGUCAAGUGGUACUCAUAAAAACUGAAAUAAAAUAAAAUUUCUGGUCUAAAUCAGUUAGAGAAAAACCUGACUAAAAAGAUAGGUCUUAAGAUUGAAUUUAAAAUCAUCAAUGAUGGAAUUUAAAAUCAUCAAUGAUGGAAUAGCAUGCAAUUCAGCAUGCAAACUAUCGGUUCAGUGAGAUAAAAGGAUGUAGCAAGCACCAAGCAUAGAAGACAUUUUCUCUUUAGGCGGCUCCAGUAACAAGGUGCCAUUUCCUAAGAUCCAAGAUUGUAAGGGUUAUGUUCAAAUUUAAUUAUUGUGCAACCCCUGAAUAUGGUGAUGAUUAUCAAGGCCUUCAUCCUUAGCAUUUUAACUUUGCCCUGCAAGUUCACUCCUUGAUCAAACUUGCCCUUUAUAUUUACACCUACCUGGGGUUCCUCAAAUAGCUACUCAGUGACUGUCUCACAGAAAUUUUUAAUUAUACACUAUUUGCCAGCUACUAAUGUAAUAUCAUAAUGAUGAUUUAUUCUCUUUUUUUGUAUCACAAUUAUUAUUAAUGAGAUAGUGCACAUUGUGUUUUUCAAAUCAAUUUGAUAUUUUUGCAGUCUGGCACAGAUGAAAAGCCUGAGACAAAAAGAACAAAAAGUAUCAAGAACCUUGUUCAAGAGGUAUUUCUUUACUCUUAAGUUUUUUGGGAUUAAUAAGUCAAUAGGUUAACCUUUGAAACAUACAUGUUUCAGAUAACAUUUUGCUUUAGUGUUGUGAUAAAAAAACCAAAGUACACUCAAAGGCCAAUCAGGCAAAAAGAAAUUAUCUCUAGGAGCUUAUGGGAACUCAAGUUAAAAGCAAGCAAAUUGCCUGAGACAUGGGAGAAUACUAGUGGCUAAGUUCACAUUGGUUUUUUAUCUGAUUGGUUGAAAAAAUGUAGCAUAGGUCAUUUUUUUAGGAAUUACAGAGCAAAGGAAAUCAAACAGAUGCAUUCCUGGAUUAAUCUUAACACUCAAUGGAGAAUUCCACUGUACAGACAUAAAAGAUGAAACACUUGUGAAUUACUUUGUUUACUGAGAUUUAUUUUCAUCAGAAUUGUUAAAAAUAUACAGAAACUUAUCAAAGCUAAUAUUUUAAAUUCAUUGAUGUCUUUAGCUUUCCACAAAUUGUCUUAUAUGAUUGAGUUAAUAGUGUUGCCAUGUGGAGAUUACAGUAGUUCUUUUUUUAUCACUUCCUAAACAGGAAGAAAAUUCAUGGUGCUUUUUAAUGAAUUUUAGAGUGCAACUCUGAUGGCUAGGUGUAGGUAAUGUUUUAUAUCCAAGUAAACAGACAGUUUUACCAGCAAGGCCUUUUGCAGUAACUUAGACAUAGAAAAAGUGAAAAGAAAGAAAGAAAAAAGCCAAAUUCAAACGAAUUAACCAUAAGCUAUAGUAAGUUUGUUUGUUUUUCAGCCUUAUCAGCCAUUUGGAGGACGCCAAGGUGGGGGAGGAGCUCCAAACAGAACAGAAUCAGGGCGUGUUGCUGCAGGAUUCCGUGCUGAUCCUGAACUGAGAUUUCCAAGGCAUGCAUCCAAAGCUAAUGUUGAUCCAAACCUGGUGAGUGUGACAAUUUGAUAAUAUGCAAUCAACUUCAAGUGGUGAAUGUACAGUCUAUUGUUAUUAUUGUUAUUAUUAGACUGUUUUUUAAAGUAGUUCAUGAUGAAUGUUAUAAAAAUUACUGACAAUAAAUGUUUAAGACACAAGUAGACCAAAACUUACUUUACAUGGGUAGAGCCAAUAAGAAGCAAUUAUUUUUUUGAAGUCAAUAAUGCAAAUCUGACAACAGUAACUAUCAUGUCAUGUUUCAGAGAUAUGCAGGAAGAGAUGAACGAUAUAGGCAAGACCUAGGUAUGUUGACUUUCUCUGUUAAACUUUUGUUACUUGUAUUGAUAAGCUAUUUUUAAGAUUUACUGUCAUUAUUUAAAAAUGUCUUGCACAGUAAUGUUCAUUUUAAAACAUCUUAUUCUGUUAUUUUCUCAGACUCAAUGAUUGAAGGUUCAAGAAAUAUGAAGACUCUUCAACGGGAAAAGAGCAAAGAGGAUGAACUUCAGCAUGUGCGUGAGCCCUAAUUAACUCCCACAACUGAUUAACACUGAAUUUCUCUUUUCAUAAAAUCUGUCUAUUUUCUAGCAAAAAAUGAAUUAUGAACUAACUUGAAAGAAAUUUCUUUAAGUUAAUGUUUAAUGUAACUGAGCUUUUAUUAAAAUAUUGAAAUCUGCUUUGAGUUACAUUGAUUUAAGUUCCUUGCAGUCAGAAAGAUAUUGAUUGAAAACACAACACUCACUGGUUCACCUUCAUGGGACUGAGAAACUUUAGAAUGACUAGUAAAAGAAAUGCAAAAAUGUUUAGAAAAAAUUAACUUCUGAUUUUUCUUUUUGUAGUUGAAGACAGAUCCAUUUGGAAGAGAAGGAGCUGGUGCUCCACGCAAAACAGGCUCAGGUAUGAAAGUUUAUUUGCAUUGUUGAUUUUCAGUCCUCUUCAGUCUGCAUGGGUUAGGGUAAGGUUAUAACUACAGGAAAGAGGCAGAAAGAGAAUAAACAAGAGGAACUAGAAAGAGGUACCUAGAACCUCCUAUUGGCCCCUUUUUGUUGUAACUCUGCCAAUCAAAAUCUUAUUGUUAUUGUUGCAAUGUACAUGUUGAUACUGACAAUAAAAACAAUAAACAUGAACCAUACUAGUGCUAAUUUGGGUUCAUAUUAAUAUCAGAAAUAAAUUUCUAUGUCAGUUUUUUGGUGAACUGCACGUGUAAAGAAAUCGCACCAAAUUGAAAGAAAUGGGAAUAAAUCAUGCAAUUUGUGGUGUUUUUAUUUUUUUUCCUCUGUGAUGUAUAAAAUUUGUUGUAUUUCCUGUUAGGAACUGUUAAGGCUGCUUAUCCUACGUCGCUGUCAAAAGAUAUUGAAGAACUUCGAAAAGGGCAACGCAGGAAUCCAUUAACCCUUGACUUGAAUGAGACGGGUUUGUGUCUUUUUGCAAUCCCCAAUUUUUAUUAUAGACACAGUCGUCCUUGAGCAAUUUUCCAUUGAAUUUCAAUAAUUAACUAGGGAAAGCCUUGUAUUUGCUAUUUGAUUGGUUCAGAAAAUCCACCAAAAUUUCUCAACUAAUCAGAAUCAAAACUAAACUAUAAACUAUAAACUUAAUCACUUGCAUCUUCCCAGGCCAUGUUGUGAGUAGUUUUCGUCUGAGUUGUCAUAAGCUUGUUGUGAUUUCUUCUGUUACUCAAAUCAGCUGUACUGUUGUGAUUCAUGAUCAAUGAUGCAAUUAUGAUGCAUAUAUGUCUUAAUGGUUUGUCCCUUAGCUAUUUGUCAGACAAAUUUUGUACUUAGUCUGCUAUCCAUAACAGACAGACAAGACACAUGGGACAACCUUCAAAUUCCAUCCUGCACAAUAGCUGCCGUUCAGUGUGCCUUUUAUUAUUGGAGUGUGAAAAUAUGGAACAACCUGAACUAGGCCUUGAAACAAAAUUUGUUACCUCUGCUGUUAAUUAAAAGAUUAUUUUCAAGGAGAGAAAUUAACCUUUUUUUUUGUUCAAUUUUCAGAUGAUCGAAAUCCUCAGGUGAGAAAAAAUAACAUAUUUCUGUUCAUGUUACAUGUAGUUAAAAUUGUUUGCCCAUUACUGCACUUACCGUGUAAGGAUUCUGGCAAAGCUUUCUUCACGAUUCAUCUUCAUCAGAAGCUACUAUAUAAUUUCUUUUUUGGGGUCUGUAGGACAGGGGCCCACAAUAAUCUGCCCUCCAGGGCCUUCCAAGCUAUUUCGAUGAAGGUGGCCUGGGCUCCAAGUAUUAUAAUGUGUGCAUCCCGGGCAGCCCACCUCCCCACGUUCCAGGCAUUAGUAACGCCUAGCGCUACUAGCGCACUGGUCCUUCCCAUUUUCUCAGGAGUAUUCUUGAGUUUUUAUUCCAUUUCUUUUUCUAUUAUAGUAUAAUCCCUGGGGUCGCGGUCAUGGAAACCCCCCACAAUUUGAUAGACAAGGACGAAUGAUUAAGCCUGUGCGCGAGAAGGAAGAGAAUGAAUUGGUAUGUAUAACCGAUUCAUAUUGAUAGUCUGACUCCAUAUCGUGAGAUAAACAAUAAAACAUCUUGUAACAUUAUGUGCUCUUCAUCAUGUUAUAUACCAGGACGUGAUCAUAUCCUCUAGUUACGCGAUCUUAAGAACUUAUUCCCGCAGGCUUCCUUUUUUAUGUUAGAAAUUAUUUUCAGUGUCAACUUAUCAAAUGAAGAAAAUCGUACAGCAGUCAAAGAGGUGUCGAAUUUUUUAUUUAUCUUCUUUCAUGAAAAAGAGGUUUUUUCGGUGACAGAGUUCUUACGCGCGGAAGUCGAUUCUUCGAAAGGUGGUUCGCGAAUUUAGCGAAGCUCAAGUUAAUCUGUGUUUUAAUCUCAACAGGAAGGUAUUGGUAUUGAAGCUAACCGUCCGGGAGGCGGGGCCCCUAAUGUCGACAAGGGAGGAAAACUGAAAACAAGGAAAGCACAAACACUGACUAAGACUUCUAGUGGUCGUAAGUAUUCCUUGCUUCGUUUUAUCAGUCGAAGCCUUGCCAGAUCAAAUUUUGUAUUUGUCUUCUUGAUUGGUUGUAAAAAAAAAAAGAAAAAUAGAUUAUUGAAAUACCAAAUUCUUCGUUUUCAAGUUUUCUUUUCUCUCCUCCUCCCCUUCCCCUGGUGGAGCAAGAGAGCGAGAAAGGGUAGAGAAUAAGGGAGAUCCUGGAACGAGGCUGAUUUCGUACUGCAUUUUUUGUUGAUUUGUUUAUAGAUAAGUUGCAGUUACUGACAGUCAUAUUAUGUCGGUUGAUUUAUCUUUUAUUUCAUUGCAGAAACAAUGCAACGCGAUUUCAGCCCCUUGAACCAGCGUAACGUUUAUGACCCCUGGGGAAGAUCUGGUGCGGGAGCUCCCAUUAAGAACUCGGAUGGACAAAUUCAAACUCGAACAGCAGGCCGGGUUACUCAUGACUCAAGUGUACGUAUGUUCGAUGUCACGGUGUGAAACGAGAGAGCAUGUUCUAUUAUUAUUACUAUUAUUUUUAAUAUCAUUAUUAUUUGUUUAAUUUCGAUCUAUUGUCUGUUUGUGGAUUGAUUUACACUCGAUGAAGAAAAGGAAACAGGGAGUGACAAUCAGGGCGUCGUCUGGUGCAUUUCAAUGUCACUUGAUUUAUUCUUGGCUUUAGGAGGUAAAGGAUCGCAUAGAUGUUAACUUAAACGUGGAUGUCUCUGGAAACGUACUUUUUUUCGAAAGACUAUUUAUGAAUAACGUUAGUGAAAGCGACAUAUCCCAAGUCCUGGAACAGAAACCCUCAACUCUGUUCCAUUGCUUUCUCUUGUUUACACUCCCAAAAAAAUAUAUUAAAACUAUUUUAAAUCCCUUUUUGGCCUUUUCCCUGAUUGACUUUGUACAUUUUUUUAUUACGUAAUGUGUUGCUAUUUUAAAUGCGUUGGGUGCAAUAGCGCUGAUGUUAAAUUUGUGUUUUUCCAACACAGUCGAUGUCUCCAAGUGGCAAGAAAGACCCGCAAGCCAAGCAGGAACUUCUUACUACUUUACGUAAGUUUGCACCAAGUGUCUGUUAUCUAGUGUUUUUCGGAGACCGUGGUGCGCAUAUCGUGGCAACUAAUCAGGAAAUUUUCAAUUGAGAGCUGAAACUGAGUUAUUUGGGUUUAUGUUGGUUUUGGUUGACUUCAGUUUGUUGUGGAUCUUCAAACCUUUUUCUACCUGUCCUGCCAAUUAGAUGCAAUUGUUCCUUGGUCGUUGGCGUUUUCCUGAGCCCUGGUCAGUUUGUUUGAAUACUCAUUGGCUCUUGGUGAUAUUUUCUUUUGCUCUGAUUGCGAUUACUUUAGUUUUACCACACUCUAUCGAAAUGCACUUAAUAAUUUCAAAUGAUUCUUUUCACACGAAAUCUUUCUUCGCAUAUGAGGCUUUCGAAGUCUUGGAAAAUAAAGAAUCUGUAAAGCUGAGUUAAGAGCGGUGUCCGAAAAAAAAAGCUCAUUGAACGAAUGCAGAGACGAAACUCCCUUUUAUUACUUUUUUUUAAACAGAGAAAAUGUCCGAGGAGAGUAGAAGCAGGCGCAAAGCUGAACAUGAAGACUUGCUAACUGUAAGUCUUACUAAGUUUUUAGUUUUUUUACACUGUGCGUGGUUUAUCAAAAAUGAUUUUUGCCGCGACAUACAGUUAUACUGUUUGCUUCAUUUUCGUUUUCCGUAUUAAUAAUAAAAUAAGAAUAGAAAGGAAACUCUCUGAGAUGAAUCGCUGCGGGAUUCGUGUGGGGUCGUUGUGAUCAUCGAGCUACACUUCGGUACAGCUUUUUGUGUGUUUGGUCGAAUGUUACCUUCAAAAGAACGGUGUUCGUUGCUAGCGAAGGGUUCGUCUCAUCGGUGAUCGUGUUUUUGUUUUUGUUUAGAGUGAAAAGGACGUUGCCUCUUGGUUGCGAUCGGGUGUGGUCGGUCAGCCAAGUUAUAAUCCUACUACCAAGGAGAUUAUUGCUCAAAAGAAACAGACUUCAGACGUCACAUCACAGGUACACACAUAUGCCUGCAAGAAAAACCUUUCCUUAAGAAGUAAUAUCUCAAGGUCAUAUUUGUUAGGUGACUUGUCACACCACCAGAAUUAUUAUUUGCGUUAUGUCACACAAGAAGCGGAGACGCGUGACAACAUGAACGACUGCGGCGAAGACGGCGAAGGCUCUGAGCUCUUACGGUAAAUCUUACUGAAACUUUUGACACUACUGACCUUAAAUUUAAAUAUAUUUAUAUUUACGGCCAGGUUUUAAAUAUAAGAAGACAGAAAAAUGAAAAAAGCCGUGAAUAUCACACUGACUUGGAAGCUCAAGCGCGGGAGAGGUAUCAGAAUCGUAAACAGAGUGAAGAUCAACAGAGAAUCAAGUCGGUAGAGGUACGUGACUGUCACGCCAUUUAGGUUAGAUUUGUGACACAUGUGAAUUUCACUCUUCAGUUUCUUUAGGAGUCAUUACAUACGUCCCUGAGGGUUAAGCUAUUUAGUGGUUAAAUCGCCAUCCAUGUUAAUUUUUUCAGCAUUUGAAGACUAUGGACAGGAUGUGGGGAAGGCCUGGGGCGGGAGCCCCUCUCGGACGAGAACACUUGGAUUUUGCCCGAAAACAAAAACGUAAGUCAAACCCAGGUCCUUAUUCUUCUCCCAAAAAGAAACGCGAUGAUUUGUCUAAAAAAGUAACGGUUUUGUAUGCGAAGAGGUGAGGGGAGGGGGGCAGGUGACCUCCGAUAAACUUGCCUUCUUCGCAUUUAGACGGAGAAUUAAAACUCGCAGUUUCAGAUUUUGAUUGGGAAGCAACUUUAUUUAAUUUAGUUGAAUUUCAAAACCAACAUUCCACACUCACUGCUUUGUAAAAAUAAAAAAGGAGUCCUUUAGUGUUACGAUCGGUCACGCAGAUUGGUUCCUCUACUUGUGGGAGGUAUACUUGUUGAGAUACUUGGUAACACUUUCCUCCUCGUGACUUUUCUUUUUCCCCAGUUGGUCUUGUUCCUGCUGACUCGUCUUACACCUAUAGAGACGCCUAGACGUUCAUCAAACACCCAAGUGUUUAUUCAAAACAACAAUAAACUUUGGUUUUGAAGAGGGAAAAAGGCAGCAAAUAAGUUAGACUAAUGUGCUCAUAUGUGAUAUUUUAUUUUCAUUAACAGUGUUUGUAUGUACAGGAACUAUAUUUUUGUUAAAUCUGUGCAUAUUUUUUUUGUAUUUUAAUUGGAAUCCGAUCAAUUGCGCUAAACAGCUUACAAUGUAACUUAUUGUAUUUAUUAAUUUACUCGCAAUCAUUGAUAUAUCGUACUAACGUAUCACAAAAGCGUUGGUUUGUCAGGAUAAUAAAUAAAGCACCGAAUAUAGGGGCAAUAGAGUGUCAUUCCUCUUGGAUGCUGAGACAGAUUAUUGUAAAACGUGUCAUAGUGAAAAGAUCAUGACCAUUGUGAAAUAAACUGUUCAUAUGCC